AUGGUGGCCCCUGCCCUCCUGCUGCUCCUGGCACUGCCUGCUGGGGCCUGGCGUGGCCUGGGGCUGCCCCGCCGGCCAUGCGUGCAGUGCUGCCGUCCAGCCUGGCCCCCCGCCGCCCCCGGCCCAGGCGCCCACGUGAGCGACGGGGACCCAUGGGCGCGGCUGCCCCGCCUGCAGCCCACCAUCGACAUCUCGAUCCUCAAAGGUGAGAAGGGUGAGGCCGGGAUCAGAGGUCACUCUGGCAGGAGUGGGAAGGAGGGCCCACCGGGCUCCCGGGGCCUCCGGGGCCACAAGGGCCAGAAGGGGCAGGCAGGGCUGCCUGGCGCCCAGUGCACGCGCGCCUACGCGGCCUUCUCGGUGGGCCGACGGGAGGGGCUGCACAGCGCCGACGCCCUCCAGGCGGUGACCUUCGACAUGGAGCUGGUCAACCUGGACGGCGCCUUCGACCUGGCCUCCGGCCGCUUCCUCUGCACCGCGCCCGGCGUCUAUUUCCUGAGCCUCAACGUGCACACCUGGAACUACAAGGAGACCUACCUGCACAUCAUGCGCAACGCGCACGCGGCCGCCGUGCUGUACGCGCAGCCCAGCGAGCGCAGCGUGAUGCAGGCGCAGAGCCUGCUGCUGCCGCUGGCCGCGGGCGACGCCGUCUGGGUGCGCAUGUUCCAGCGCGACCGCGACAACGCCAUCUUCGGUGAGCGCGGCGACCUCUACAUCACCUUCAGCGGCCACCUGGUCAAGCCGGACGCCGAGCUCUGA